CUGGCGGCGGAAGGAGGCAACCUUCUCAGGCUCUACCAGCAAUAUCUGGUGAAGUUUGGCAUCGGGAGCUGCCCAGCCAACAAUGGCCCGGUUGUGCCAGUCGUCUAUGACACCGGAAACGCCCAGCAGACCUCCUUUUACUAUUCCCCCAAUGCGAGAAAUGAAUUCGUCCCUGGAUUUAUUCAGUUCUGGGUGUUUAACCACGAGAAGGCAGCUCUGGCGCUUUGCGCUGGGGUUAAAGCCACCAGCUGCAAUACAGAGAUGUUCUGCGUCGGCAGAGGAGGCUACUUCCCGGAAGGCAACCCGCGUCAAUGCGGCGACUAUGUGGUGUUCGAAUGGGACGGCUAUGGCACCCACAUGGGUUGGAGCGUCUCCAAAGCGCUCCUGGAGUCCGCCAUGCUCCUCUUCUACCGAUGAUGAGUCCCUUGCGCCAUAUAAAUCUGUACCUUCAAAAGCACCGAACGCUAGGGAUCUUGGGAACAUGGGGGACAUCAUUUUUAAGGCUGUGCACCUUCAUAGUCCAUAAAGACAAUAAAACGCGGC